AUGGGCCUCUCUCCUAUUUGCAAGCCUCGGAGGCUACGUAUCUAUGGUUUGGUGCUCCGUAAUAGUUUCGCCAAUGCCUCACCGGCGAGCUCUGUGGCGUUUCUCUCCAAACCGCCUGCAAGCAAUCAUGAACACCCAAGCCGAAUAUGCCACCAGGGGCGAGCGCUAGUCACUAUUGAUGGUUGUCGCGAUUCGAAGCGAGUUCUCGAAGCCUACGGAACACACAGCUCGGUCCAUCAUAAGUUCCUGUUCCACGCUCUUCAUCAUACAAAUCAGGUGCUAGGCCAGAAUGUCUUCUUUGAGGAUCAUUUGGGUCUGAACACUCACUUUGAUGAACCUUCCGGCCUGUCGCUGCAGAACGUUGUCGCUAAGACAAGCCUCGAUCUGCUGAUCGACGGGAAAUAUCUCAAGAUUUUAUGUGGUGAGGAGGUUCAUAUGUGCCAGAGCGGGAAGUGGCAUCAACAGCAGGUGCAUGUCCUGGUCGAGACUGGCGGAUUACAGAUUGUAGGAAUGGCAGGACGAAGAUGGAGAUUAUGUGUCGACAGCGCCCAGAUGUAUCAUAACGAACGGGAAGUAGGAUCGGCUAUACUCCAGUUCCUUUCAGGGCCUACCAAUUCCAACGGUCUGAAACGGGAAGACAUCUUUUUUACAUCCAAACUUGCGUCGAACAGCAGCUAUGAGGCUGCACGAAAAUCAAUAAGGCAGUCAGUGAAGACCUGUGGCUUGGGUUAUAUCGAUCUCUUCCUCCUCCAUAGUCCGUAUGGCGGAAAGACGAAGAGACUCGAGUGCUGGCGAGCAGUUGAGGAUGCGAUUCAGGACGGAGAUGUCAAGACAGGUGGUGUGAGCAACUUCGGUGUCAAGCACUUGGAAGAAUUGAUGGCAUCCAAGCCUCGAAUCAUGCCGGCUGUCAAUCAGAUCGAGGUGCACCCGUUCAACACCAGAACCAGCAUCACUUCUUUCUGCCAGAAGCACGGGAUCAUUGUCGAAGCUUAUGCACCACUGGUGCGGGCAUUGCGCAUGAAGCACCCUGUUAUUCAAUCCUUCUCAAAGAAGUAUGGUUGCACUCCGGCACAACUCAUGAUCAGAUGGAGUCUGCAGCACGGAUUUAUUCCCUUGCCAAAAUCGGUUACCAAGCAUCGAAUCCAGGAGAACGCAAACAUCGGAGGAUUCCACAUUGAGGAGCAGGAUAUGAAAAAGCUCGAUACCUUGGACGAAUACCUGGUGACAGAUUGGGAUCCUGUAGACGCAGAUUAG